AUGGGUAAGGGUGACAUUGAAUCCGGAUUCUCCCAUGGAGGCAACGACCUCUAUCCAUACAUGAUAGAGUCACCCGAGCUGCGAUGGGGAUUCAUACGAAAAGUCUACGUCAUUAUUUCCGUUCAGCUGCUUUUCACAGCUGCAUUUGCCUCCAUCUUCAUCUUCUUCACACCAGCAAGGAAUUUCGCUCGCUAUAAUAACUAUAGUCUCUUCCUUUUCUUUGGAGCCGCCAUUUUCUCCAUCAUACUUUUGUUUAUCCUGAGCCAGUGUUACAAUAAACACCCGAUCAACCUCAUUCUUCUUGGUCUCUAUACCCUCGGCAUGUCCGUCACAGUGGGAUUCACUUGUGCUUUUGUGGACGCAAUGAUUGUCCUGGAGGCUGCAUUACUGACAGGUGCGGUGACUGCGAGCCUGACGAUGUACACAUUUUGGGCUGUUAAAAGAGGCAGUGAUUUCAGUUUCCUGGGACCAUUCCUCUUUGCUUCCCUUAUGGUCAUGUUAUUGUUCUCAAUCAUCCAAAUCUUUUUCCCUCUGGGACCAACGGGGCGCAUGUUCAUUGCUGGGAUUGGUGCACUGAUAAUGUGUGGUUUCAUCGUAUAUGACACUGAUGAUCUCAUCAAAAGAUAUACCUACGACGAUUACAUUUGGGCUGCUAUUGCCAUCUAUGGCGAUAUCAUCAACCUCUUCAUUUAUCUCCUUACAAUUUUGAACGACCUUUAA